UCCGCGGGCCGCGGGGAAUGGGUGGCGCGCCAGCCGGUCGGCCGGGGUCACGCGGCCGGGUGUGCGUGGAAUGGAUUCAGGGUUCCCGGGUCGCGCCCGGGAGCUAGAGUCCUGACUCCCAGCCGGGGUCCCCGACCGGCCUUUCGGGAUUGCCGGGCGCGCUCUGCAAAGGGGAAACUGAGGCCCAAGGAAAUUGAGUAUCUCUGCAAAGUCACCAGCUGAGUUCGAACCAGACAGAUCCUGGGACCCCCUACUCUAUCCGCCACCCGGAAGAAUCUCCGUCCUUGUCUUUCCAUUCUGCCCUCCCGGCUUCCCAGUAAGCACACAGCCCCAGGACCACCCUUGACCGUCCUCAACCAAGCGAUGCAUGCCAGGGGCCCCCAUGGCCAACUGUCCCCGGCACUGCCUCCGGCCUCCUCAGUCCUGAUGCUGCUGAUGAGCACCCUGUGGCUGGUGGGGGCCGGCCCCGGCCUGGUCCUGGCCCCGGAGCUGUUGCUGGACCCCUGGCAGGUGCACCGGCUGCUGACCCAUGCCCUGGGCCACACGGCCCUGCCGGGCCUGCUCCUGAGCCUGCUGCUCCUGCCCACUGUGGGCUGGCAGCAGGAGUGCCACCUGGGCACGCUGAGAUUCCUGCAUGCCUCAGCCCUGCUCGCCCUGGCUUCUGGGCUGCUGGCAGUGCUGCUGGCAGGCCUUGGGCUGUCCAGUGCAGCCGGCAGCUGUGGAUACAUGCCUGUCCACCUGGCCAUGCUGGCUGGGGAGGGACACCGCCCUAGAUGGCCCCGUGGGGCACGGCCACCGUGGCUGCCGCCGUGGCUGCUGCUUGCCCUGACCCCACUGCUCAGCUCUGAGCCACCCUUCCUGCAGCUCCUUUGCGGCCUCCUUGCCGGCCUGGCCUAUGCAGCUGGGGCCUUCCGGUGGCUGGAACCCUCAGAGCGACGGCUGCAGGUGCUGCAGGAGGGCGUCUUGUGCAGGACCUUGGCGGGGUGCUGGCCCCUGAGGCUCCUUGCCACCCCGGGCAGCCUGGCGGAGCUGCCUGUCACCUAUCCUGCCGGAGGGAGGCCUCCCAUCCCUGGACCGCCUUAUGUGGCCUCCCCUGACCUCUGGUCCCACUGGGAAGACUCAGCCCUGCCCCCACCAAGCCUGAGGCCUGUGCAGCCCACCUGGGAGGGCUCCUCAGAGGCAGGCCUGGACUGGGCUGGGGCCAGCUUCUCCCCAGGGACUCCGAUGUGGGCGGCCUUGGAUGAGCAGAUGCUGCAGGAGGGCAUCCAGGCCUCGCUUCUUGACGGGCCAGCCCAGGAACCCCAGAGCACACCAUGGCUGUCCAAGUCCUCUGUCUCCUCUCUGCGGCUGCAGCAGCUGGAGCGCAUGGGCUUCCCUACGGAGCAGGCGGUGGUGGCACUGGCAGCCACAGGCCGUGUGGAGGGUGCCGUGUCACUGUUGGUUGGAGGACAAGUGGGCACUGAGACCCUGGUGACCCAUGGAAAGGGUGGGCCUGCCCACUCCAAGGGUCCUGGGCCUCCCUAGCCCAGGCAGAGAGUGGGGCACAGGCAGGCCCUUGGGUGCUAAAGGCUGGGCUGCAUGUGGGUAGCCCGAGCUCCUGUCUGUCUAAAGAGGGCCACAGUGGGGAGCAGGGGCACCUCUGGAGGCAGGAGAGGCCCCCCAGCAUGCUGCCCUAGUACGUGUUUAGAAUAAAAACCAGUUUGUUUUUCAACCUGGAAAAAAAAAAAAA